AGGGCGGGAGUUGAGUGCAAAGAAAUUCGUGUGUUCUACAAAAAGGAACUGGAAUUGUUUAGGAAUUUCUUGAUUAUAAUCCGCUGUUGGCUGAGUUCAAUUUGCCUUUGUUUGGCGUUGAAUUAUCCAAUGCAAAAUCAUCGUCGACGUGAUUUUGACUCUUGGCGCCGAUGUUUGUUUACGGCUUCAUGCCAAAUUUUGUAAGUGUGUUCAGUAAGGUUUGCCAUUUCCUCGUGUCAUGUUUUACUUUGGUGCAACGAUUCGAAAUAGUCCAAGAUUACUGCCCAAAUUCCGUUUCACGAUGGCUACGGCUCAUCGAAAAAUCGUCUUCUGAUUUGAAGCCCAUUUUGGCUUAAUGACGUCGUCAAGAAAAAAAAUUGUCGCUAUUGGUUUGAGUCAAAUCCUUCUUUGGUUAAGGAAACCCAAUUGCAUCUCCAAAAAUUAACCGUUUGUUACGGCUUGUGGUUUGGCAGCAUCAUCAAGCCUUAUUUCUUUUGAAAUGAGUCGGGAAAUGAGUUAACAUGAAUAGCGGGCGUUAUGACACGAUGUUGACCGACUUUUUCCAAGAACACGGAGUGCCGCCUCAACUGUCACAUCUAAUCUUGGACAGAUUGCGUGCAAAGUUUAACACCUCUAGAUUACUUAUCGGGGGUUUUUUAAAUCAAAGGAUUACGUCAAUCAAUCAGCCACGCUCGACAAGCUCGAAGACAACAUACGUGGACUAUAGCCAAAAUGCUGCACGGAAUCAUCGAAAACUUGAAGUUAACGGGUGAAGAUAUGCAAACGGAGCUGUGGUAGAUAUUUGGCUGAAAUUUUUUUCAAAUCAUAAACAACAUAAAUCUCAAUCAAAUUUGAGCGUUUUAUUUAAUCUUAAAAUCACGUCAAUUUUGUUGGUAAACCCUUUAUCUAAGCCACAGCUUUGUCUCUCCAGUACGCAUACAACUUUUAGUGCACAGAAAUUAUUCUUAAAGGCUUCGUAUGCGAUUUCCCUUCUCCCAGUAGGAUUGACCCGUUGACCUUGUGUACUCCUCUUAUGUAUAUAUAUAUAUAUAUGUAUACAUAUAGCCUGAGUAUGCAUAAGCCUUUGAUAAUAUGUUGUAUGUACAAAGCAAAUGUUUGACAUUUAAAAUGCUUCACAUAAUACGAUUUUGACACUAUAAUUUGCAAAUACAAAAGCCACAAAAAUUCAAAAGAAAUUGAAAGUUUGAGGUCCUAUUCGAAAUUCACACAUACUCGUGCAUACAUAGAUAUACAUACAUAAGUAUAUAUACAUAAAUAUGUACUUUCGGCGGCCGCAAAUUAGCUACUGGCCCAGAAAUUGACUUGAUCGACAAAAUUGCGAAGCGGUAGCACUUAAAGGCCUAUCACAAUUUGUAAGCAACAUAUCUGGUAUUACAAAGGAGUCAGCAACAAUGGAUUUGCGUAAACCCCAUUACAACAAUAAUAGCAUAGGUGUACAAAAAAAUUUCUUUGGUUACAAUGAAAUAAUUAAACGUUUUGACCGCAAGCCAAUUUGGGCCACUGUCUGCAACAACAACUGCAUUAUCCAAGAAUGAGAGCAGAUGAAACGGUCGUUGAGGAGUUCGGCAAUUGCGCACGAAAAAAGCAAAAGGUCAAGAAGCGAGCACAGCAACGAAUCAAAAGUAGGCAUGCGUAGCAGCGUCGCGUGAUCAGGUGAGUGCAGGUAUGCGAUGAGAAUUUGAGUAUCAGCCAAUCGGAAUAUUGCUGUUUCGUGCAUCCUUACGUUUGCGGUAUCCUCAAGGCUAGCUUAUAUAAAAUGCAGGUACAACUGCCGAGCAUCACGCAGUUCUAAUCUGACACUGAAGUGCAGCACUAAUACAAGAAAUUCAAGAAAAUGCUAGCUGGUGAAUAUUGUGAGAGCGAUCUUUCGUUUUAUUCCUCGAUGCGGCGCUUACAAUCGAGUGAAUCGGUAGAAAGUGAUACGAGUAGUUACUCGAAAAUGCUUAGUGAUAAUUUGGAGGAACUUACGGCUUUGUACAGUAUGGAUGUUAGCAGCAAUAGUCCAUCAACGUCUUCGUCGUCGUUAGAAAGCCAACGGGAACUUAUAGGCUUCCAAGCAGAUGAAAAUUUUGUGGAUAACUUUGAUUUUGGCUAUGCAGUUGAAACCACACGACAAGUCACCUGCAUUAGCGCAAAUCCUAAACGGUGGUCUUCACUGUGUGAUCAACAAUUUUACACCAGCAAUUCCUGCAAAACUUCAACUGUCGAAAGCUCGAAAAAUAUUAAAGCUCAUUAUAGAUCGACGUAUAGAAUUGGUUCACUGAAGUCUGCGUCACCCUCUCAGCAUCAUUUCAAGACAAACUCCAGCUUUUUAACGAGUUCCAGCGACUGUGGUCCACAGGAUGUUAUCAGGAAACGACGACUUGCCGCCAAUGCGCGUGAACGUCGACGCAUGAAUAGCUUGAAUGAUGCUUUCGAUAAACUUCGAGACGUUGUACCAUCGCUGGGAAAUGAUCGGCGACUCUCGAAAUAUGAAACAUUGCAAAUGGCUCAAGCUUAUAUUGGUGAUUUGGUUAAGUUGCUGACGCGCGAUUAUUAAAGUUAGUUUAUUAUUAUAUUUAAGAUUUAUAUUUAAUUUUAUUUAAUUAUAUUUAAGAUUAGUUAGUUUAUUUGUUAAAAUGGACUUUCACUUAAAAACAUAAUUCAAUUAAUUUAUUGGA